GCGAGCAGUGUACACAAAGAUCACAGGUUACAUCUGGGAUUUCAUUAUGCAUGCCUAAUGAGCACGUUGAUGAGAACUCCCCAGGCCGUCGUAAAAGUAGCUGAAAAAAGAACUGCUGAUAAGGCACUGAAUAGCUUCUCUUGUAAAGCUUUCCUUUGGAGCUGAGAUCUUUAAAGCCGGCAAAGAUAAUGGAGAGAAAAUUGGACAAUAAAAUGCGAAGGGAGCUGUCCUGCCUCGCUACUUUAAACAACAAAAACAUAACCCUGGUGUCCGUUCGAAAGCGGCAGGCAGCUCACGAUGUGCCUGAACUACUGAUUAUUGGUGAAGGGUCCAAAGCGGGGUCUCCGCUAGAAGCAAGCAGGAAGUUGCAGAAAGAAGAGAAAGUUUUGCAGCGUAACUCCAUGGGAAUGCCAGAAGUCAGUACAACUGGAAGGCAGGUUUUGUCCAAUGCUGACUCUCCUCCUAGCUGCGCGCUGGAACCUGAAAUGAAACAGAAUUUUGCUUUUGACAACAUGGGCUACGAGGAGAGCUUUGAAGCCAUGCCCUCACCAUCUUCCCAGGAACGCACUGUUGCAGUCAAUGUGGUGGGAAUGAGUUGCCAAUCUUGUGUGCAGUCGAUAGAAGGACGAAUUUCCAAAGUUCAGGGUGUUGUGAGUAUUAAAGUCUCCCUUGAACUGAAUCAUGCUUUAGUAAAAUAUCUACAGUCAGAAAUAAGCGCUGAACAGAUUUGCCAAGAAAUAGAGGAUAUGGGCUUUGAUGCUAACAUAGCAGAAGAAAAGUUGGCACCGGUGUCUGUAAAUUUGCCGUGCUCGAGAGAAGCAGUAAUAAAGCUUCGGAUAGAAGGCAUGACGUGCCAGUCCUGUGUCACCAGCAUUGAAGGAAAGAUUAAGAAGCUUCACGGUGUGGCAAAAAUCAAAGUGUCACUCGGUAACCAGGAAGCAGUUAUUGCUUACCAUCCUUACAUCAUUCAGCCUGAGGAACUUAGGAGCCAUAUCAGUAACCUGGGGUACGACUGCACCAUUAAGAGUAAAUCGGCACCUUUGAAGCUUGGUGUGCUUGAUGCCAGGAACCUGCAGAGUGCAGACCCCAAGGAGAUGCCAGCAUCUCUUGAGAGUGAGGGUUUGCAUCCACUGGUUGCCAGCAAGAGCAGCACAGCUGCGGUGACUGUACAUAUAGAAGGCAUGCACUGCAAAUCUUGUGUCAGAAACAUUGAAGAAAAUAUAUCCUCUCUUCCAGGCAUACAAAGUAUUGAAGUCUCCUUGGAGCAUAAAUGUGCUGUUGUACAGUAUAGCCCAAAUUUAAUUACCUCGCCUGCUUUGCAGCAAGCUAUUGAAUCCCUUCCACCUGGGAACUUUAAAGUUUGCUUCCCUAAUAGUUCAGAAGCAAAUAGCCAGUCAUCUCCAUCUCCUGCUUUGGUAUUUGAUCUCUUCAGAGAGCCACUGAAAGACUCAACGUGCACAGCUGUUAUUAGGAUUGAUGGCAUGACCUGCAAUUCCUGUGUACAGUCCAUAGAAGGAACAAUAUCUCAGAGACACGGUGUGCAGCAUGUAGCAGUUUCUUUAGCUGACAAGACUGGGACCAUACAUUAUGAUCCAGCAAACACGAAUGGAGAGGAGUUGAGAGCUGCCAUAGAAGAAAUGGGGUUUGAUGCAUCUUUGCUGACAGAUAUUGGGGCAGGAGAAUACAAGCGUUGGCCUGAUGCCAGUAACACUGCGGCGCAGCCUCCAGUCCCAGAGCCUCCUGGCCAGGGUUGUGUCUCCGAUGCACUUCCAGACAGCCCUCAUCCUGAUGAGCCAAACCAGCCCAGUGGAGCAACAGCCAAGAAGUGCUUUUUACAAAUCACUGGCAUGACCUGUGCAUCGUGUGUGUCUACCAUUGAAAGACAUUUGCAGAAAGAAGAAGGUAUUGUUUCAGUGUUGGUAGCACUGAUGGCAGGUAAAGCAGAGAUAAAAUACGAGCCUGACUUCAUACAGCCUCUUGAAAUAGCACAGUUGAUCCACAACUUGGGUUUUGAAGCCACUGUCAUAGAAGAUCAAUCAGAAACAGAAGGAAAUGUGGAGCUGCUUAUUACAGGGAUGACUUGUGCUUCCUGUGUUCACAAUAUUGAAUCCAAACUUAUGAGAACAAAUGGCAUAUUCUAUGCCUCAGUUGCACUUGCUACUUGCAAAGCUCACAUCCAGUUUGAUCCUGAAAUUACAGGACCUCGAGAUAUUAUAAAAAUAAUUGAGGAAAUUGGCUUUCAUGCUUGUGUGUCUAGAAGAGUUCCAAGUACACAUAACUUGGAUCAUAAAAAGGAAAUACAGCAGUGGAGGAAGUCUUUUUUGUGCAGCCUUGUGUUUGGCAUUCCUGUCUUAAUCCUAAUGAUUUAUAUGCUAAUACCUGGCGGUGAGCACCAUGGGGCUAUGGUGCUGGAGCAGAAUCUCAUUCCUGGAUUAUCUAUUUUAAAUCUUCUCUUCUUUGUCCUGUGCACUUUUGUUCAGUUCCUUGGUGGAUGGUAUUUUUACAUACAAGCUUACAAGUCACUGAAGCACAAGGCAGCCAAUAUGGAUGUGCUCAUCGUUCUGGCCACAACGAUUGCUUAUGUGUAUUCAUGUGUGAUCCUGUUAGUGGCCAUAGUUGAAAAGGCAGAGGAAAGCCCUGUCACUUUCUUUGACACUCCUCCAAUGCUGUUUGUAUUCAUUGCCCUUGGGAGAUGGCUUGAACAUAUAGCAAAGAGUAAGACCUCAGAAGCUCUUGCUAAACUUAUAUCUCUUCAAGCCACGGAAGCCACUGUGGUGACUCUUGGACCUGACCACACUAUUAUCAGAGAGGAGCAGGUACCUGUUGAACUGGUUCAAAGGGGUGAUAUUGUAAAGGUUGUUCCAGGUGGAAAGUUCCCAGUGGAUGGGAAAGUCAUUGAAGGCAAUUCUAUGGCAGAUGAGUCUCUCAUUACUGGGGAAGCUAUGCCUGUCACUAAAAAGCCUGGGAGCACAGUGAUUGCUGGCUCUAUAAAUGCACAUGGCUCAGUUCUUGUUAAUGCAACUCAUGUUGGUAAUGAUACCACCCUGGCACAGAUUGUGAAAUUGGUGGAAGAAGCUCAAAUGUCAAAGGCACCAAUCCAGCAACUGGCCGAUAAGUUUAGUGGAUAUUUUGUUCCAUUUAUCAUCAUAAUUUCUACAGUGACUUUGAUAGUAUGGAUCACAAUUGGUUUUAUAAAUUUUGAUAUUAUUCAGAAAUAUUUUCCUAAUCAGAACAAGCACCUUUCAAAAGCUGAACUAAUACUGAGGUUUGCGUUUCAAACCUCGAUCACUGUGCUGAGCAUUGCAUGCCCCUGUUCUUUAGGCUUGGCUACCCCAACAGCUGUGAUGGUGGGCACAGGAGUUGCUGCGCAGAAUGGUAUUCUCAUCAAAGGCGGAAAACCUCUGGAAAUGGCACACAAGAUCAAGACUGUGAUGUUUGAUAAAACGGGGACCAUUACUUGUGGAGUUCCUAAAGUCAUGAGGGUUCUUCUGCUGGGAGACACAGCUGUGCUCUCUCUGAAGAAGGUACUGGCAGUGGUUGGCACUGCAGAAGCCAGCAGUGAGCAUCCUUUAGGAGUGGCGGUCACUAAAUACUGCAAAGAGGAGCUUGGCACUCAGAGCCUGGGAUACUGCACCAACUUCCAGGCAGUCCCAGGUUGUGGCAUCAGCUGCAAAGUAGGUGGUGUUGAGGCUGUCGUGGGUGUGGCUGAUGAGGGUGUUGAUAAGUUGGACGCUAACAAGAGUGGGGACAGCAGUGCUCUUCUGGGAGAUGACGCACUGAUCACACUCUCUGAAUCGAAUGGUUCAUCAUCUUCCCACACAUACUCAGUAUUGAUUGGAAAUCGUGAGUGGAUGCGACGGAAUGGCUUGCAUAUUGCAAACGAUGUCAAUGAUGCCAUGACAGACCAUGAAACUAAAGGACAGACAGCCAUAUUAGUGGCUAUAGAUGGUGUCUUGUGUGGAAUGAUUGCAAUCGCAGACACUGUCAAGCAGGAGGCAGCCCUUGCUGUGCACACACUGAAAAACAUGGGAAUAGAUGUGGUGCUGAUAACGGGUGACAACAGGAAAACUGCAAAAGCCAUUGCUACUCAGGUUGGGAUCAAAAAAGUCUUCGCUGAGGUUCUUCCUUCUCACAAAGUUGCAAAGGUCCAAGAACUCCAAAAUGGGAGGAGAAAGGUUGCGAUGGUUGGUGACGGAGUCAAUGAUUCCCCUGCGCUAGCCAGGGCCGACAUUGGAAUUGCAAUUGGAACGGGCACCGAUGUUGCCAUUGAAGCAGCAGAUGUUGUUCUUAUCCGAAAUGACUUGCUGGAUGUAGUUGCCAGUAUUCACUUAUCGAAGAGAACAGUGCGGAGAAUACGAAUAAAUCUGAUUCUUGCCUUAAUUUAUAAUCUGCUUGGAAUACCAAUAGCAGCAGGUGUGUUCAUGCCUGCUGGUCUUGUGCUUCAGCCUUGGAUGGGAUCAGCUGCCAUGGCAGCUUCUUCUGUCUCUGUCGUGCUGUCUUCCCUGCAGCUGAAAUGCUAUAAGAAGCCAGACACAGAAAGUUAUGAAGCUCAAGCUCAAGGCUGCAUGAAGCCGCUUACCCCUUCCCAAAUCAGUGUUCAUAUUGGAAUGGAUGACAGGAGGAGGGAUUCAUCCAGAUCGGCUCCGUGGGAUCAAAUUAGCCAAGUGUCUCUUUCUUCCUUGACUUCAGACAAGCUGCCGAGACAUAAUGGGUUUUUUGAGGAGGAAGGGGACAAAUGGUCACUGCUGAUGAAUGGAGGAGAUGAAGAACAGUACAUCUGAAGUGUUGUGUUCUCAGUACAGCAGGGAAUGUUCCACCUCACCGGUGACAACAGGGACUGAGUCAUGUCAUCAAGAGCCUCAAGGUUUUAAGUGUAAUUAUUCCUUUGGCUCAAAAACAAUUACUGUUCAGUUUUGUGUUGUAUAGAUUGUGGAUUUUUUCAGGUCACCAGUUAUUCCUAGUCACUGAAAGAAUCUGUGACUCUAUUGUGCUCAUUUGCACGUAGCAAUUAGUGAAAUAAUGUACAAUAGUAAUUUUCAGAGUCUAAUAGAGUUUCUGUCUUUUGGACUGUCUGCUGGGCACCAAAUUUCAUACUUCACACUCUUUCUAAGUUUAUUUUUUCAAGAGCACAUGAAGCAAAGAAGAUGUUCAUAGCCUUAAAGAUCUACGCCCAUGAGAAAAUAUCCACUGCGUAAGGAGCUCUGUGGUUGGAAUGCACAGAAUCCUAACUAGUCAUGUCAUUGUGGGAGCACUUUAUGCUUAGGAUUCAUGUGCAUCUUCUUGGACCAAAAAAACUUCAGUGUUUCACCGACUGUAUCUCUCUGAAAAGUCUCUUUCAAAGACUUUCACUUUCUUUCAACUAUCAAGCUCUUUUGAUGCACAUUUUUCACAGCUGAACUUGUUCUGUGAUUCCCACUGCUCUCUUAGACUUUCUCAUUUGCUCCGUAGGAGCUCUUUUUUCUUUCCUUUCUCCAACCAAGGCAUCUUCUAUGGUUUAUUACUAUGUUUACAGAUUAUCCCUGUUUGGGAUAAAUUCCUUUAAGUCACUAGCAAUUUUCCAUCUUAAGGAAACCUACAAAGGCAGAGCAAUUAGUGAUCUGAGUUAGUACAUAAUUUUCCUGUGGAUAUCUUGCAUGAUCCCUCAAAGUCCUGGAUAGUUGGCAGUUGGCAGUUUCUUUCCUCUGACCAAGUGAAGAAUUUCUGUCAGUGUGAACAAGGCUGGCAGUUACCACGGAGUGACUGGAAGCAGAACUGUGUCUACAGUUGGUGUGACUCCAGCAUGGCUGGAUGAAGUGAGUUCAUUACAUAAAUCAGCUUACAACCAGCUUCCUAGUUGCUUGAAGUGCAGCCAUGAGGUUAAAAAGGUUGAAAAGUGGCCUUAAAAUAAUGUGGGAAGUAACUAUUCCUGAUGACAGAAGAGUAUGAAGAUCUAUAAUAGCUUGAAUUUUAAGGUAAAUGGAUUUCUGUGUUAUCAAUUGGUUUCAACUUCCUUUUUUGCUCUAGUUUAAUAAGAAAUUAAGGUGCUGAGCAACUCAUCUUUCACUUCAAUGUCUUUACCAAAGCUGGCAGUAGCUUUAUCACUCUGAGUGUUGAAUUCAACCCUUAACACCAUUUAGAGUCGGGACAAUAGGAACCAACUGCUGAAGUGCACUGGACCUGGCCCUGUGGUGCUGCACUGCUGAACUGUGGGACUCUGACGUAAACAGCCCAGAGUUUUAUAUUUUGAUUUGAGAAAUGAAAGAACGGGAAUUACUGCACCAAGCAAUACGAGGUAACGUUCACUGACUUAAAUACAGAGUGGUUUCAAACAAGGAUUCAAGUCCCACUCCUCCUAAUUUUUUUUGUUGUUUGUUUUUACAAGACCCUGAAGCACCAGGCAGAUCUUCCUGUUCUCUCUUCCUCUUAAUAUUACAUUUGAGCUGUCACGAGAAAACAUCAACAGCAUUGUCUAAAAUACUCAUGUUUUAAAACUGUAAAAUCUCCUUAUACGCAGAGAUGACUUCCACAGCACUCACACUUCUCAGACAUCCCAUAAAUGCCUUUACGUGGCCUUUAGGGGAAGUCUACUGUUUCACUAUUCUGUGUUUUCUUACCAGUGCUUACAGUAAAAAAAAAAAAAUAAUAAAAAAAAAAAAAGGGUGUUUUUUUAAACAAACAAAACUUGUGUCUUGGCUUUUUUUUUUUUCCGUACCCUUCAAAAAAUACAACCUACCAAACAACCACAUAUAAACAGUAAUUGAUGGACUGUAGGAUGUAUGUGCAAAAUGCCUUUGCCAACAAGCAGUGCAGUUUGUAUGGCAUGCUCUACAAGUCCCUGAUCUUGACUUAGCGUGCUUGGCUCUGACAAAAAUAAAACCAAGAAAUUCAGUCUA